AUGAGUGACAAUGAAACUGAAUUUUCCAAGGAGAAAUUUGUGAAUGAAGACGAUUUAUUAAAAUCUCCAUCCUCCAAUGAUAACUUAUCAUCUGAAGAUAAGAAUGAUAAGUCACCAGGUAUUCAUGUGGGAGAGAUUCCAUCUGAUGGUAAAAAAUCUCCGGAGCAAGUGCCAAAAAAGGUACUCAAAUAUUUACGAGAACUUUCCUCCCUAUACUCGGACUUGGAAGAGGAAUCUACAGUUGUUGACUCAUUUACUGACUCCGAAGUUGACCAGGUAAUUAAUUCCGUUAUUGAGACAGUGGACUCUUUGAAAAUUAAAUAUAUGGAGAUCCAUGAGAAAUUGAAAUCUCAUUUAGAACCUGGUAAGUCAUAUGACGAAGCAAUAGCUAAUAAAAAGUUAUUCUCUGACCUGCAUCGUAGUAUCAAAUUUAAGCUCCUGAGACUUUUGAAACCUGCACCUCAACCUGUUAACUCAGUUUCUGAUUCGGCUAGCAGUCAUAUUCGAGUGAAAUUUCCUAAACUUGAACUGAGAACCUUUCGAGGAAAGGAUGACAACUGGGUUGAUUGGUCUCGAAUGUAUUGCUCCAUGGUACACGAUAAACCAAACAUGUUGGUGUAUGAUAAACAUCAAAUUUUGAGAAGCAAAUUGGUAGAUGAGGCGGAAAUUUUAGUACGCGGAUAUCCAAUUAAAGCUGAAAAUUACGAAGAGGUGUGGAAAUUAUUGAACGAAACUUACGGUGAGCCCGUUAAAAAUAUUGAAACGUUCCUCAAGGCUAUCGAUUCGUUAGAUCCAGUCUCUAAGCAUGAUCUGGACCAAUCCCUCCGUAAUCUGAUCACCAAUUUCCGCUCCAACUAUACAGCCAUCAACCUAACAUUAAAACAGCAUCCAGAAAUUGAUGGAAUGUCGUUGAUAUUUUCGUAUUUAUUCCUGAAGAAGGUUGAUAAAGAUACCAAGGUUGAUUGGCAGAGGGAGGUUGCUAGGAAAAAGGAAUAUGGUUCAUUUGAGCAGUUUUUGACUUAUCAGAACGAGCGGUGCGGGGCUAUGGAGAGGGGAUCGGAUGACACAUCUCGAAAACGAAAACACUCUCCUCCUCCUAGCAGUGGAAAAAAGAAGUCAUUUGCGCUUUCGGAAAAAAGGCAAAAACUGCAACCCAAAAAAUGUGGGUUUUGUGAUGGUGAGCACGAAACAUUCGGAUGUAAAAUCUUCAUAGAUAAAACCCCAUCAGAUAGAUUGAAGAUGGUCAAGGAGAAGGGCCGAUGUUUCCGAUGUUUGAAAAAAUUCAUACCAGGCCAUAAUCGUAAAUGUAAAUAUUUUUGUAACGUAUGCAAACGUGGGCAUAACCCAUUGUUACAUGAAGCCUUCACUAAUGAAAAAACAGGUUAAACCAAGAUGAGAGUUCCCAAAGUGAUAUGGCAGUUGGUAAUGAUGUUGGUAAUGAUGUUGGUUGUGUAGAUAGCAGUCAAUCAUCUGCAUACGUAACGAUGAAAGAAGAUUAUCCAUUAUUUUCUAAUAAUAACUUUAUUUUUUCCGUUGUUGAUAAUAAAACCUCUUACACGU